AUGGAUGCGAACAUGCCUAACGCUUCCAACAUCGAGUCAGAGUCCGAUUUCGCCAACGUCCGCCAGAUGCAGACAACUCCUCCCUCUUCUCGCGUCCAGGACGCGAACUGCGCGGGUAGCGGAUCGCACGACCCGCCUAUCGCCCUCGCCGAGAGCCCCAGGGCCGCCGCCGCCGCCGUUGGUACCAACAACAGCAACAGAAACACUGCGCCUGGUGUCCUGGCUCCCCAGCCGGCUCAUCGCAAGCCCAUCCAGACUGACCUUCAUGCACCUGAGGCUUCAACCCAACCUGCCCCCCGGUACCUGAAUAUAGGAAACCUUCCUCUGCCUACUGCUAAUAAUGGCCACAGCCGCCCGGGCUCCGCACUCCCUGCCGCUGCACCUGUCCCACAUGCUCCUGUUGCUCCCAUGGACAACACGUCUCUUAGCAGCGGUGGCGGCGCACGAGUCGCAGAUCUACAGCCAGCCCAGACCGGGCCCGGCACCGUCUCUACUCCGGGCAAUGCCCCUCCUACACCCCCUCAACAGGCUGUGCUCCCGCCUUUGAAGCCUAUGGAAUCUGUGGACAAGAUCAGUGAUAACCUUAGCGAGCUGAGAGUACGGUUUAGGGAUGCCGAUCAGCUUUUCAGCAAGGUCGUAGGGCGAGCACGUACUCAGUCUGCGGUGGUUGGCAACAUCACAGCUUUGCAUCAGCUUCACUCUGACCGGCACACUGAGCCCGAUAUGAGCCAAAACACCAAUGCGCUGAAUGAACUAAUUGCCAAGGUGGACGCUCUGGCCACUGGCCUUACCACUCUGAAGGAUACAGUUCUGGAGAGGGACAACCCGACCACGAAGGUGGACAGUCUGAUCACCAGCUCUACCGCUCUCGGAGAUCGAGUCAAGCGUCUGGAGAAGAGAGACCAACUCACCGAGCUCAGAUCUCUGGCCGCCAACCUGUCCACUCUCACGGAUCGGGUCAAGUACCUGGAGAAGCAUGACCAGACCAGCAAGGUGGGCGAGCUGGCUCUCGAUAUAGCCACGCUCAUAAAUCGGGUCAAUGAACUUGAGAAUCCCAUCUUCCCGUCCGCCGAGCUGCAGCAGGAGCUCGUCGCGCUCCAGAGCAACACAGAUGCCGUCGUCAAGCCAGGCGGCCCCAUGCAGAAGGUGCUAGUUAUCCUCGCACAGUUCCAGCGCACCAUCGACGCUGCUCUCGGCGUGCUUGACGGCCAGGCGGCAAACAACCAGGACCUCGAGGAGGAGGCCAGCGCUCUCGAUCGUAUCCAGCAAGCAGCAGCAGCAGCAGAGGAGCCCAUGUUCGUCGAAGACUCGCCCGACGAGCCGAAUCCCCGGAAGCGGAAGCGGAAGCGGUCAAGUUCUAGCCCGCCGCCCCAGGUCCGGAGUCGAUCCGAUGCCCUCCCAGUACUUACUCCGCAGCGCUUGAGCCGGAGCCAGACCCGUCCGGCCAGCCCUGCGAUCCAGAACGGCAAUGCCGCCCAAGCUCGCGUAACUCCAGAUAGCGACGGCCCAAUAGAUGCCGCGGGUAAUGGCGCCGUACCCGGCCAAGGGCCCGCAGCAGCUCCGAGCCCGGCGUCACUGGUUGGCGACGAGCUCGUCGCCUUCCUGAUCGAGAUGGAUUGCACAAGGGAGAAUGAUCUAAAGAAGCUACAGAAGCACCUGGCGCGCCUACGCGAGUUUCUCCUGUACGAGGGCGACAUCAUCCCGGGCAUGGUCCUCGGCGGCAGAGCCAGCGGCAGAGGCAGCCUAGUUCUGCGGAUCGGCGGCCUAGCGGGCGCCGACGCCCGGCCCGCCCCCCGCGAAAGCCUCCAAGAAUAUCGAAAAGAGAAGCGGCAGCCGGACGAGCAUAGGAAAAAAGCCAUCCGCCUCGGCGUCGUGGAGCUCUACCAGAGGCGCAAGGACCAAGCCGCCGAGCUCCUCCAGGGGUGCGAGGACCCAGCCGCCAAGCUCCCCAAGUACGCGGUCUACAUCGGUCAGGUGUUCCAGACCUACACCAUAGAGCGGUCGGGUUGUACCAAGACCGAGACGACGGGCUACGAGGUCUUCAUGGAUGUCACCAACCCGCGCAAGGCGCUAUGGGCUGUGUACCGGCUCCACGAGCGCUUUCUCGGGGAGGAUGCCGCCAUGUUUUUCACUCCAGUUGUACCCUUUUACAAGGGCUUCGAGAGGCGGAAGCAGUGGGACUCUUUCCAGCUGCUGAAUUCGGUCUCCGACUGGCAGAAGCCGAGGGAGCAGGCCAUGUACGAGGAAGGGCGCGGCGCGGAUCUACUCAAAUCGACCACCAUGAUCUGCAAGCCCGAAAUAUUGGUUGCCCACUACAAUGAAUCGUUUAUAGCAAUCCGCGAAGGCUGGUCUGAGUCAAAGGCCCUAAACAAGGGCUAA